CUCUCUCUCUCUCUCUCUCUCUCUCUCUCUGUCUCUCUCCCCCCGCCCCUCCAUUCACAUGCUGCUCCAGGAAGACUCUUAGAGCUCAUUCUGAUAAAAUAUAUGCAAUUUGUCAUGAUACUUAAUGGACUAAUAGGUAACUUGUACAGAUCUCUGCUGUUUCUAUUCCAGGGAAAACUGGAGAAAUUAAGUUGCAUUGAGGGCAUCAUCCUUGAUGGAGGCAUUGUCAAUUAUAAAAGCUUAUUCUGUGUCGAGAAUUUAUGUCUGACCACCUAUCAGGGAUGGGAGAGUUUUGGGAUGCUUCUCCCUUCAGGCUGUUUCAUUAGAUCAGGGUUUCUUAACCUUACUAUUGACAUUUUGGACCACAUAAUUUCGUAUUGUGUGGAGCUACUGUCUGCAUUUUCAGAUGUUUUAGUGGCAACGCUGGUGUAUACUCACUAGAUGCUAGUAAUGCUCUCUAAUUGUCACAAUCAAAAAAUGUCUCCAGAAACAGCCAGAUGUCCCCUGGGAGGCAAAAUUGCCCCCAACUUGAAAACCACUUUUUAAGAGAUAGAUGAUUGUUUCUUAUAGGUCUAUUUUGUUCUAAGACGAGGGCAGAAGAGAGGGCAGUUCUAUCAUUGCCUUAAGCAUUUUAUAUUAUAAUGAGAAAAAUAGAAUGAAUUAGCUAACUUCCUCAAAUUGGUCCUUUCAACCAUACAGAGAACCUUUUGAUGUGAGAUAUGUUUUGAAGCAAAAUAUAGUUACAGGUUAAACUCUUCACCCACAAAAAAUCUGCAAAAUAAAAAGUCAGAAUUACAUUAUUUUGUAAUCCUACUUCCAAAGGUUAAAUAAUCACAUAUUUAACAAAUUACCUAUAAUAUGAUGAUGUUAAACUGUCGCCUCAUGUUAAUGAGGCUUCAAUUUGUCACUGUUAAUAGAAUCAGGCAGGAAUUCACUCCAUUUGAACAUGAAAAAAAGUCUGCCUAUAAGGACUCUUCAGAUUCUUCAGAUGUGAACUGAAUCAUGCUUUAAUAGAAUUGUAUGAAUGGGACAAGUAGACUGUUUCCUAAUUUUUUAUUUUUUUAAAGCAAAUAUUAAAUACAACAGGCUAGGGAAUACAAUAAAUGCUUUUGUCCAAAUGAGAAAACUCUAUCAUGUCUAUGAUUAAAUGUUCAUGUCCAUUUUACACACUAGGAAAUAGGGUCUUUUCUUUUUCUAUCCCUAGGACUUUGUGGCAUGCUGAGCACAUAGAAGAUAUCCUAUACAUGGUAUAAAAUAAAUAUUUGAGUGGGUGUUGCCAAUUUAUUGGCUCCUUGAAACAGACUUUGAAUAAAGAUUUAAGGCAAAAGUAAACAAUAAUGCGUCUUUAAAGCAGUAAAGAUUCUGUAGUUUGCAAAAUAAUGUAGUGAUUUGUUAUCAUUGUGGCCAUCCUUUCCUCUUCCCACUACUAUCCUUCCAGUUACUAAAUCUGUUAUUCAGCCUUUGUCUGUGUCUCUACAUCUAUGCUGCUACUUCGAGUCCAAGCCACUGUCUUCUUUUGCCUAAGCUCAUUCUCAUGUUAUUCUCCCUCUCCAAUACAUUUUCCCAAUAAAGUAACCAAAGUGAACAUUCUGAAACACAUUUGUCACCUCCCUGGCUUAGAACCCUACAGUGUGUUUCUCUUGUCCUUGGGACAUCAUCCAAAAUCCUUAGUCUCUACAAGAGUAGGGCUAUUUCUAUUUUCUUCUCCAGUGUAUGUCCACUCUCAGUAUUUGCCUAGCACAUAGUAGGUUCUUACCAGAAGAUGGGACUGUAUUAGGCUAACAAUAUGAGUUUACACUGUUUUCUUUGUGUUGGAUCUUUAAGUGUGGGAUAGGCAUUUAAUGUGGGAAGUUGGUGGGAAUGGUUUGCUCCUACUUCCCACAGAAUGCCAUAUUGGGUAGUGUUGAACCAUCCCACAUAAUGCCAUAUUGGGUAGUGUUGAACCAUGCAUGAAAACUGGCAACUGGCCCAGGUACAUGUACUAAUACAUGAAUUAUUUUUAUCUUUGCCAUUGCCUUACAUCUAGAAAAAAAAAUCUUACAUGGCUGGGUAGAUUUUCAUUCUAUCCAGAACUAAGAAGGAAACCCAAGACUUUAAAAAAUUAUUACCAAUUUAUUUAUUGCUUUGCAGCUUGUUCAAAUUGUUACAUAUCUUGACUCAUUGCUUAGCUUUUUGGCCAAUAGGAUUUCAGGAUGCAAUGCACUAAUAUAAACUCUUGGAUUGGUUUAACUACCUCUGAUGUCACAAUUUCCCCAUUAGAAUGUCAUAAUUUUCUUGAAAUCACAUGAUACCAAUCACAACUCUUUUUAUUUUGUUUCAUUAUGAGAAAGAUAAUCUACCAAAUAUAAAAAUGCUGGAAGGAGCAAGAUAUCUUUGAUCCAGGGAGACCUUUUCCAUUUAUGUGCUUUAGUAAUCUACUGCCAACAAGCUGUCUUCUUUAUGUCCUUUUACGACUGAUGUUGUUUUGUUUUCUCAAGUUUGCCUCUUAAAUAGACAAAUGGAGGCAUGAGCUUCCUUAGAAUUACUCCUUCGACUCAUAGUUCUCUUUCAUCUGGACUUUUGAGGCUUAGUAUCUUUCUACUACUCAGCCUUCCUGACUCAAAUGGAAAAGCCAUUUGGACAGCUCACCUGAAUAUAACAUUUCAAGUUGGAAAUAAGAUCAUAUCAGAGUUAGGAGAGAGUGGAGUGUUCGGGAAUCAUUCUCCUCUGGAAAGGGUGUCUGGUGUGGUAGCACUUCCUGAAGGAUGGAAUCAGAAUGCUUGUAAUCCUUUGACCAAUUUCAGCAGGCCUGAACAGGCAGACUCUUGGCUGGCCCUCAUCGAACGUGGAGGCUGUACUUUUACACAUAAAAUCAACGUGGCAGCAGAGAAGGGAGCAAAUGGGGUGAUCAUCUACAACUAUCAAGGUACAGGCAAUAAAGUAUUUCCCAUGUCUCACCAGGGUACGGAAAAUAUAGUUGCGGUGAUGAUAGGCAACCUGAAAGGCAUGGAACUUUUGCACUUGAUUCAGAAAGGAGUCUAUGUGACAGUCAUCAUUGAAGUGGGGAGAAUGCACAUGCCAUGGGUGAGCCAUUACAUCAUGUCUCUAUUUACCUUCCUGGCUGCCACAAUUGCCUACCUUUACUUACACUGUGUCUGGAGACCUAGAGUACCCAAUUCUUCCACCAGGAGGCGAAGUCAUAUAAAGGCAGAUGUGAAGAAAGCUAUUGACCAGCUUCAACUGCGAAUUCUCAAAGAAGGGGAUGAGGAAUUAGACCCAAAUGAAGACAACUGUGUUGUUUGCUUUGACACAUACAAACCCCAAGAUGUAGUACGCAUUUUAACUUGCAAACAUUUUUUCCAUAAGGCAUGCAUUGACCCCUGGCUUUUAGCCCAUAGGACAUGUCCCAUGUGCAAGUGUGACAUUCUGAAAACUUAAGAAAUCUGGAGAAUUUUCUGAAGAUGUAACCAGAUCUUUCCAAAUACAAAGAUUAGAUAAAUUCUCUUAUCGUACUUUAUGUAGAGAGAAAAUUUCAGCUUCUCUAUCCAGGUACGAACAAGGGUGAAAUUUGUGUUUUAAAAAUAAAACUCCAUAUCAUGCCCAGC